AAUCACGUGCCACGUGGCGGGGAGAAAAGGCGGGAAAGAAUCAGCUGUUGGCUGGUAUCCUAACCUCAUGGCGUGGAACCGCAUAUAAGAGUGACUUUCAUCCACAGAAUUAUGUGUCUUGUUUCCUCAUAUCUCCCGUUAUUCGCAAGUAGCCGAUACGAAGAUAGGAAGACAUCAAAUGCCACUGUUUGCACAGACGCGGUCUAACGUUCAGCGUUCACCACGUGCGCUCAAUUUGUGUUUACCUUCAUCUUCACUGUGCAGCCAGAAGUAGAUCGCCGUAAGCCCGAGGAUGGAAUACAAGGCACGUCGACGUUACACAGCCGUCGCGGAUGUCGUCGGCAACGAUUACCCUCACGACAUACAGAUGUACGAUGUGCCACCGGUGGGCGAAAUGUCGCUUGAGGAGUUUCAAGAGCUGGGAUUUGACAGACUGAAAGCGUUACGGCUGGUGGAGACAACGAAUUGCAGGGGCGAUCUGAAAACGCAGGAGGAACGCAAGAAGGCCUUUUGCGAUUCUCUGAAAUCCGACGGAUUGAAGUACUACGCGAAUCUCUUGUACGCUGAUGGAUCCAAUCCGCAGUCAGAGGAGCAUUCGCAGACCAGGAGGAGAGACCACACAUCGCAUUUUAUCUUGAGACUGGUGUAUUGCCACGACGUCGAGCAAGCCAAGUGGUUUGUCAAUCAGGAAGUGGAAUUCUUUAAAUUGAGAUUUAGCUCGUUGGAUAAGAAGGGCAUUGAGCAUCUGUUGAAUAUUAACAACAUGGAUUGUGUGCCUAUUUCGCAAGAUGAAAAAUUCGAGCUGAAAGAAGAGCUUAGUUUGUCAUCUGGAAAAGUUACGAAUAUUGAUAUCGCUGAUAUUUAUAAAGUGCCUUUUGAGAAAGUGAUUGAUUUGGUCAAAGGACGUAAAGUGUACCUCAAAGCAGGGAUGGCAUAUAUCACCCAUAUGGAUCUAAGUUCUGUGUUUGUCUCCUAUUUUAGAGAAAAUCUAUUUGCAGGAUUAGAGAGUGCAAAAAUUCUGUACGAUAAUAUAUCUGAUGACGAGAGAUUGACCAAAUACUUAACAGGUCUUCCUUCAGCCUUCUCUGGAAUGGCGCGUGUCGUAUGGUCAACUACAGCCACACCCAUUGAUAAACUGAAUGACUUAUCAAAAUCAUCGUAUCCAUUAUGUAUGAGAACACUUCACGAAGCUCUGUAUACCAACAGCCAUUUAAAGAACACAGGACGCAUGCAGUAUGGGUUAUUCCUGAAAGGUAUAGGUGUGACUUUAGAGGAUGCUCUUCGUUUUUGGAGAGAUGCAUUCUCGAAAAAGAUAGACGGGGUUGCAUUUGAAAAAAAAUAUGCAUACUCUAUUAGGCACUAUUACGGCAAAGAGGGAAGGCAAACGAAUUACACUCCAUACGGUUGUCAGAAAAUUAUAUCUAGCUCUGUCGGGCCUGGAGAAUACCACGGAUGUCCGUUCAGACAUAUGGAUCGCGAUUCGCUUUACCAAAAGUUGACUAGUUGCGGCGUAUUCGCCUCUAAUAUGACCGAAAUAUUGGACUUAGCUAAGGACGGACAGUAUCAUUUGGCAUGUGCCAAGUAUUUUGAAGUUAUGCACAACAAACCAGCAAGUAAACCACUUCUACAUCCAAAUGCAUACUUCGUUGAGAGUCGUGCAAUUUUAACAGGAGAAGACGAUGGUAGUAAAGAUAUUGAUAAUAAAGAGAAAUUCUCUCAAAGUACGCCUGGAAGCCUGUCUGCAAGAAAAAACGAAAAAUUUCCUACUCCUAAAAAUACAGAAUUUGCUGGAACGCCAAAGAGAAAUGAUAGAUAUGCUACACCUACGAGAAGAAAUGCAGACACGAUCGGCACACCUUCGGGAAUGGAUAAAAAAAUGGAUUAUCAAACGCCAAAAAGGAAUAAAAUGACACCAGUAAACAUCGCGGAAAUGUUGAACGAUGACGAUUUUACAGAAUUUAUGGAUGUAGACAUGGCAGAUAUGAGUUAGCGAACAGCGUUCUGUCUUUUUAUUGUAAAUCUAUAUUUAUAUUUUUUGUAUUUAAUUCACAAAAUUCAUCCAAAUAUUUUUUUAUCCUAUUUAUCAAUAUUUUUAUCAAUAAUUGUCAUAUUAAGUCAAUUUCUUAAUAAAUACUGCUUAUAUACACAGAAUAGCAAGAUCUCUAAUUUUUGAUUAUAUGAUUUUUUGCAAAAGCAAAUGUUUUCAGUAAAAUUUGAUUAAUUUUUGACAUAGAAUUCAACUUAAACGUUACUGUUUUUUAAGAUACUAUUUGAAAUAUCAAAGAUGCUCUCUACCACCCAUUUUAGAAAAUUCAUUUGUGAUACGUUUAAAAAGCCUCUUUAUAAAAAGAAAAUUGCUGCCUCUUUAUCUGAUUUUAUCUGAUUUCUAAAACAUCUGUUAUAUUUUGUUUGGCCUCUAUAAUUUACGUAUGGAAGACUUCAAAAGUAAUAAUUUUUAUACAAUUAAUUAUUGAUUUUUUUUAUAAUCGAAAAACUUCGGCGGGAAAUCGAGUGUGAAUUCGCGAAAGCUCACAAAGCGUACACAUUAAUUAAAGGGACUCAAUAGCUACGUA